GUCUCCAGAGCAUGGCCUCCCUCGCCCGGCGUCCCUUCCACGCCAACCAUGCCCCGUUCGAGGACAGGCAGGACGAUCCCCUCGCCCAGAUCCUCAAGCCGCCCCCAGGCGAGUCCGCCGAGGAACGCGCAAGGCGGGAGCAGGCUGCACACGAAGCACACCGCGUCUCCCUCCAGAUCGAUGAGAGCAUCCAGGAGGACAGGAAAGCAUACGAGCGCAGGAAGAAGGCUGUCAAGGUCCUGCUCCUAGGCCAGGCAGAGUCCGGCAAGAGCACUACUCUGAAGAACUUCCAACUCGCGUUUACGCCCUCGCACUUUCGCAACGAACGUCUCGCAUGGCGAACCAUCAUCCAAUUGAACCUGAUAAGAUCGCUUAAGACGCUGCUCGAGGUCCUUGGCGAGGAAAUGUCAUCCCCGACCGAGGCGCCUCCUCCACCGCCACCGCAGCCCGUCCUCUCAGAAAAAGCCCGGGGGAAGCUGCCCAUGGGUGCACCGGUGCCGCUCGGCGUCGUGCAGAAUGGUACGGUCCACCACAGCGGGAAGCCCCCGCCCACCUCGACGCGCUCCGUGCGCUUCAGCACCCAGCCCCAGUCGCAAGCGCCGCUCACGGACGUGCACAGGCGCGCACGCGCGCGGCUGCUUCCCCUGCUCAAGAUCGAGACCGAGCUCACCGCGAAGCUUUUCCCUGAGCUCGCGUCGAGUCUCGGCCCGUCUGGCGACGGCGAGACGGCUGCCCCUCGCACUCCCGGCGUCAAGGAGGUGGUCGUGCGCGCGGGCAACGGCUGGAAAGACGUGCUCGUGAAGUUGCAGCAAGAGAAUGGGAACAGAAACGGCCGGUCACUCGGCGACGAGCUUGGCGCUGCCCUCGAGGCGAGCAAGGACGACAUCGUGAGCAUGUGGGAGGAUAACGCCGUCAAGGACAUGCUCCGCAGACGCGGCGUCCGGCUGCAGGACAUGCCCGGAUUUUUCCUGAAUGACGCGGCCAGGGUCUCGUCGACAGGCUACGAGCCAACGGACGACGACAUUGUCCGCGCACGGUUGCGCACGCUCGGUGUUGAAGAGCACCGCUUCGCGAUGGAGAGCGGUGCAUCGGGCCAGGAAUGGUACAUCUACGACGUGGGCGGAAACCGCAGUGUGAGACCACACUGGAUACCAUACUUCGACGACGUGCAAGCGAUCAUCUUCCUCGCACCUCUCGCGUUCAACUUGAUGCUCGAAGAGGACUCGAAAGUAAACCGACUGGAGGAUUCGAUCAUGCUAUGGCGCGAGAUCUGCCAGAACCAGCUGCUCGAGGGCGCCACGCUCAUCCUGUUCUUCAACAAGAUGGAUAUCCUGCAGGCGACGCUCGCCUCGGGCGUCCGCGUACAGAAAUACGUGCCGAGUUAUGGCGACCAACCGAAUGAUGUACCGCACGUAGUCAAGUACUUCCGCGACAAAUUCCGCGGAUAUCACAAACGACUGUCGCCGAAGCCGAGGCCGUUUUUCUGCCACGAGACAUCCGUUAUCGACACCCGUGCGACCGCCGUCAUCCUCGUCGGCGUCCGAGAGGGUAUCCUCCGCGCGCAUCUGCACAGCGUCAACGUCAUCUAGAGGCGGGCUCGCCGUGAUGCCCGCGACACACGAGCCGCUCACGCUUUCUAUUUAUUGCUUGUGCCAUCCCCUUACUCAGCCAUUCGUCUGCUGCUGCCCCAGUCAUCCAUUUCCAACGACGCUUUCCACCUCGUACGAUAUCCAGAUGUAUUCACUAGAGGCAUAUACCACCGUGCACACCAGAGUCGGAGGCGCUGCUUGUAUAUAGACUUUGUCGAUAUUAAGCCCAUGUUAUCAUGUUACGCGCUCUGUACAGACCCUUAUCGUCUCGGACCAGACAGAUCG